ACGAAUAAUCACAUGGAGAUAUUCACUAUCUUCCCUUCAUGGCUUCUUACAACACUACUAGUCCUCUCCCUCUUCUGCUUAUUUCUGUAUACUGUAAGAUCGAAAAGGUUUCCCAUGGUUGUCCCUGAGCUUCCCCCAAGCCCUCCAAAGCUUCCGAUAAUUGGGAACUUGCACCAACUACUAGGUAAACCUCGUCAUCAAGCCCUUUGGCAACUUUCCCAAGAAUAUGGCCCAGUUUUUCUACUACAUAUUGGUUCAAAGCCUUACCUUGUUAUAUCUUCCUCUGCCAUGGCCAAACAAGUCUUUAAAAUUCAAGAUCACAUCUUUUGUUCCCGACCAAUCUCCCAGGCUUCCAAGCGACUAACGUACAACUAUUUGGACAUUGCCUUCUCGCCUUACAACAAUCACUGGAAGAAGAUGCGCAAGCUUUUGGUAUCUGAGUUCCUGGGUCCAAAGAGAGCUGUGUUAUUUAACCAUGUGUUGGUGGCAGAGAUCGAGUGCAUGGUUCGUUCUAUAUCAUCACAUCCAUCAAACACUGUGGUGAACCUAAACAAGAUGUUUUUAGCAUCAGUAAAGGCCGUGGUGUGUACGGUGGCGUUUGGUAUGAACUAUAGAGAAGAACCACUCAAGGGUCCAUCAUGGGAAGUUAUGCUUGAUGAAACCAUGGAAAUAUUAAAUGGAUCUCUUGGUGAUUCUUUUCCAUGGUUAGGACGACUUAUUGACCAAUUUAGUGGAUGGAAUUUUAAGCUAGAGAAAUGUUUCAGUAACAUUGAUGCCUACAUUGAGACGAUUAUUGAUGACCAUUACAAUCAUACAACUGGCGAAGUAUAUGAUGAUGAUUAUAAGGAUUUUAUCCAUACUUUACUCGAGUUAUCUUCGAUAGAUAAUCCUUCUGAUGAUCGGGUGACCAAAGGAGACAUCAAAGCUCUUGUAAUGGACGUAUUGACUGGGGGAAUAGAUACAACAGUUGUGACGAUGGUUUGGGCAUUGUCCGAGAUCACUAGAAGUCCUAGAGUGAUGCAGAAGUUGCAAAGUGAAAUCCGGAAUUGCAGUAGAAGAAAACAAGGAGUGCAUGAACUCGAUAUCACAAAAAUGUCAUACUUGAAAAUGGUGGUGAAAGAGACCCUAAGAUUGCACCCCCCAGCCCCAUUGUUGAUCCCACAUGAAAGCUUAAGCCAUUGUCAAAUUGGUGGUUAUAGCGUCCUUCCUAGGACGUGUGUUAUAGUGAAUGGGUGGUGGAUAGGAAGAGAUCCAGGCACUUGGGGGGAGAAUGCAGCUGAGUUCUAUCCAGAGAGGUUUGAGAAUAUUGAUGUGGAUUUUGGAGGGGGAAAUUGUGAGAUGGUCCCUUUUGGAGGGGGACGUAGAUCAUGCCCAGCGAUGAACACAGUUCCAGCAACUAUAGAGUCCAUGAUGGCAAACCUUCUUUACUGGUUUGAUUGGGAAGUUCCCGAUGGAGUGAAGAAUGAAGAUUUGAACAUGUUGGAGGAGGGUUCCCUGGUUGUCCGUAAGAAAUUACCCCUAUGUCUUGUACCCAAGAAACAUAAUUGGGAAGACUAGGAAUCAGGCCACCUUCUACAAUGGAAAGAAAAAAAAUCAGUGUUACAUCGUGCACAUCUGUUUUAAUAAAGUAAUGGAUUGAAUUAAAAAUAAUAAUUGUAAUUCAUAUACAUGCUUGAUCGCCCACUUCUGAAUCCGUGCU